UGAUCGUCAGUUGUGCGAAUCUCUAACUGGCGGGCGGACAUGGAUUUUGACGAGGUGCUACGGGAGGUGGGCUCCUUUGGCCUCUAUCAGAAGUUUAUCAUCUGUUCUGUUCUACUGCCGGCAGCCCUGCCCUGUGCCUUUCACGCCUAUAGCCAGUUAUUCAUAGCUGCCACGCCGCAGCACUGGUGUCGGGUUCCCGAGCUGGAGCCCUGGAACCAGGAUUAUGUCCAGCUGGUGAAGAAUCUCAGCAUUCCGCGCAAUCGUCACGGCGGCUUUGCCGAAUGCUCCAUGUAUGCGAGGAACUACAGCGAUAUUGUGCGCUUUCUGGAGUAUCGUCCGCCACCGGACUUGAUGCGACAGCAGGCCGAGGACCUGCUGAGGCAUCAGCCAGACCCGGCGCGUGUGGUGCCCUGCCAGCAUGGCUGGCACUACGACCGGUCAAUAUAUUCCAGUACUGUGGUGCAGGAGUGGAACCUGGUGUGCGACCGCAGUUUCCUAGUCACCCUGGCUCUGGUUGUGUUCGGUGUGGGCGGCCUCUUGGGCAACUAUGUGUUCGGUUAUCUGGUGGAUCUGUGGGGCAGACGUCCCUCCUUUUACGCCUAUCUGCUUCUAGAGAUCACUGCCUGUGCGGCGAGUGCCUUCGCCUGGAACUAUUACACCUGGCUCGGCCUGCGGUUUGUGGUGGGCCUGACGGUACCCGCGAUCCUGGCCAGUCCCUAUGUCCUGGCCAUCGAGCUGGUGGGUCCAGAGAGAAGGGUCUUUUGCACGAUCGUCUCGAAUAUCGCCUAUUCCCUUGGCUUGGUGGUGUUGGCCGGUGUUAUCUACGUCGUCCGGGACUGGAGGGAGCUCAGCUUGGCGGUGUCCAUGCCCCUGUUGAUGCUCUUCUCUUGUUUUUUUCUUCUGCCGGAAUCGCCGCGAUGGCUGAUGGCGGUAGGGAAGACUAGGAGGGCCAUGAAAAUCCUCAAGGUAAUGGCCAGAGUGAAUGGCGUUCGGGUGAACCGUGACUUCGUGGAGCGACUGCAGCGAAAGUUGGCCACCACCAGGGCAGCCGAGACGGAGUCAGCGUCCAGUGUACACUACGGCAUCCUGGACUUGUUCCGCGGACCCAAUAUGCGCCGGAAGACCCUCAUCAUCACUCUUAUUUGGUUUGCCAACACCAGUGUCUAUGUGGGAUUGAGCUACUAUGCUCCCGCCCUCGGUGGCGAUGAGAUCUGGAACUUCUUUCUGGCCGGGGCGGUGGAGCUGCCCACGUAUUUGCUCCUGUGGCCGGGACUGAGCUACUUUGGCCGCCGCUGGAUACUCUUCAUCUCGAUGCUCGUGGGCGGAGUGGCCUGUGUGGCCACCUUCCUCUAUCCAAGCAUCACCCUGCUGCUGUACUGUGUGGGCAAGAUGGGCAUCAGCUCGUCCUUUGUGGUCCUGCCGCUGCUGGCAUCAGAGCUCUAUCCGACAGUGGUGCGGGGCCUGGGCAUGAGCUUCAGCUCCGUGGUGGCAAUGGUGGGACCUAUAGUGAUUCCCAUGAUUAACCAUAUGGGCCAACAAAUGCUUGUGCUGCCUCUGAUCGUGAUGGGGGCCUUGCUGAUCCUGGGAGGAUUCGCCAGUCUUCUGCUGCCGGAGACCCGCAACCGGAACCUGCCGCAGACUUUGGACGAGGGCGAGGCGGUGCCUCUAAGCUUCCUGCUCUGCUGCUGCGUGGAAAGCGAGCGAAGGCAAAAGACACCACAGAUCCGGGUGAAUCCCCAGAAAAAAACCAUUCCAGAGACGGGAGCACAGGUGUUUCAUCGAGUGGACACUCCAAUCUCUAAUCGUGUCGCCUGUAAGGUGGUUUGUAGCAUAUGUAAAAAGGAAAUUCCUACGCUCUAG